CACCACCCCCCGCCAGCGCCGCCGCCACCCGGAAGAGGAAGGCGCCGAAGACGGCGGGGGUGUCGCGCGUCCCCUCCGCGCUGCUGCCGCCUCCGGCCCCCCCGGCCCCGCCGCCGCCGCCGCCCGCGCUGCUCUGCGGGCCGGUCUCGCUGCUGCCUGCCUUCGGGGCGAGCCGAGCCGGGGAGAUGCCGGCCUUGCUGGAGCGCCCGAAGCUGAGCUCGGCCAUGGCCCGCGCCUUGCACCGCCACGUCAUGGUGGAGCGCGAGAGGAAGCGGCAGGAGGAAGAGGAAGUGGACAAGAUGAUGGAACAGAAGAUGAGGGAGGAGCAGGAACGGCGGCGGAAGAAGGAGAUGGAGGAGCGCAUGUCCCUGGAGGAGACCCGGGAGCAGAUCCUGAAGCUGCAAGAAAAGCUUUCAGCCCUGCAGGAAGAGAAGCACCAGCUUUUCCUACAACUGAAAAAGGUGCUUCACGAGGAAGAGAAACGCCGUCGCAAAGAGCAAAGCGACAUGACGACUCUGACAGCCGCCGCCUACCAGCAGGGCAUGGCCCUCCAUGCAGGCACUCCCAUCCUCAACAUGCAAGGGAGCCCCGGGGGACAUAACCGGGCUGGGACCCUGAUUUCUGCAGACCGAGCCAAGCAGAUGUUUGGGCCCCCAGUAAUCACAACCCGACACUUUGCCGCCCAGUCAGCCUUUCCCGCCAGCACCGCUGAGCACGGGCAGUACCAAGGCAGCCAGCCUGGGCAUGGCCCCUACGCCGUCAGCCAGAGCCAACACACGGUGCCGGUCAGCUACAGCAGCAGCCAGUCGAUCAGAGGGCCUUCUGCGUUCCCAACCAUGCAGUACCUGUCUCAGCAACAGCCUGGCUACACGAUCCAUAGUCACUUCCCCGCCACCCAGCCAGGUUUUAUUCCUCCAAGCACCACGAUCCCUCUACAGAAGCAGCUGGAGCAUGCUAAUCAGCAGUCGGGAUUUACCGAUUCACCCACCCUCCGCCCGAUGCACCCCCAGGCCCUGCACCCCAACCAGGGACUCCUGCCAGCUCCCCAGAUCCCUGUCCAGAUGCAGACAGCUGCCAAGCCCAGUUUGGCCUACACCCAUCCAGCACGCCCAGCUUCCCCUGGCAACUUCUCCCAUGGAACUGCCCCCCAACAGCCCCACACGUCCGGCUUCCAGGCCUCUCCCCAGCCGGCACCGCGGCACCCCUUCAUCCAACAUCCUCAGGGGCAGCGCUUCUACCACAAGUGAGCAGCAGCAGCAUCCUGGCCCGGCUGCUUCUGGUGCGUCCUCCUACCCCGUCGGCAGCACAAACCGAGCAUUUGCUGGCCACGCGUGUGUCGCUUUACUCCUUCCCCCUGCCUUGCUGAAAUAUUACGAAUUUUGUGAGAUUAAUCUGAAUAAACUUUGCAUAAUUCA